AUGCCAUCUUCUUCCACCGUCUUUCCAGUAUUUAUGUUGUCAACCUCUAUGUCCUCAUACCUGGGUUUCGCCAUAUAUGCACCAUUGUGGCUGUAUCCGUUGUUUGGCAGAUGGCUUUUCUGGGUUCGAGGCAGUGAAGCCAAAUCCAAUUGGAAGAAAACCCAAACGCCCCACCACCGUCUUCUGUCUGUCUUUCCAGCAUUGGUGCUGUCGACCUCUGUAUCUUCAUGUGUGUUUCGCCCUAUUGGGCGGACCAAAGAUGCAGAGGACGGUGGCAAUAAUUCAGUUUCUGAAUCCUUUCUAUUGAUGUCCUACUUUUGAACUGUUUCUGUUUCUCGUUCCGAUUCUUUGUUCUUUGAUGGGGCUUCUUAGAUAAUCAUAUUUAUUUAGCUGAUGAUGAUUUUGGUUCUGUGAUAUGUU